AGGGGUGGAGGGUGGCCUUUUCCAGUGUCCUUCCUGCCUUACGGCCCCCGUGGCAGCUGCGACACUGACCACCAGUGCCGCUCCGUACGACUGGCGCGCCGGCCGCCAAGCUGCCGGAAGGUGCAACCUGCCCUGGUUUCCGGUGCCGCACGCCGGCCUGCGGAGCGCGUUCCUCUUUCGUUCCGGCUUGAUGGGCAGGCAGAAAGGGGAGCGGAUCAGCUUGGGGCGAGAUGACGCCCCGAGGCCCCUGAGCCCGUUUGGAUGUUUGUGUCCUGCCAGGGAGCAAGCCCGGCUGAAGACGCGCGUGGUGCACGGGGACACCGAGGCCUGGCAGCGGGACCCCGCCUUCUCGGGCCUGCGGAGGGUCGGGGGCGUGGACGUGUCCUUCGUGAAUGGGGACAGUUCCGGGGCCUGCGCCUCCCUGGUGGUGCUGAGCUACCCCGAGCUCAAGGUGGUGUAUGAGGACAGCCACAUGGUUCGCCUGCAGGCCCCUUAUGUGUCGGGCUUCCUGGCCUUCCGAGAGGUACCCUUCCUGGUGGAGCUGGUACAGCGGUUGCAAGAGAAGGAGCCUGGCCUCAUGCCCCAGGUCCUUCUUGUGGAUGGAAACGGGGUGCUUCACCAACGAGGCUUUGGGGUGGCCUGCCACCUUGGUGUCCUUACAGAUCUGCCCUGCAUCGGGGUGGCCAAGAAGCUCCUGCAGGUGGAUGGUCUGGAGAACAACUCCCUGCACAAGGAGAAGAUAGUGCUCCUUCAGGCUGGGGGAGACACGUUUCCUCUGAUGGGCGACUCUGGGACUGUCCUGGGAAUGGCCCUGAAGAGCCAUGACCACAGCACCAAGCCCCUCUAUGUCUCUGUGGGCCACAGAAUAAGCCUGGAGGUCGCUGUGCGCCUGACCCACCUCUGCUGUAGGUUCCGGAUCCCAGAGCCCAUACGCCAGGCUGACAUCCGCUCCCGAGAGCACAUCCGAAGGACUCUAGGACACCCUGGGUCUCCUGCACAAAGGCAGGAGAGGAGGCAGAAGGAGCAGAGGCCAAAAGCAUGUCCCGGAGCACCUGCAGGUCCCUGCAGCCUCCCCGAGGACUGUGGCAGAGACUCCAGCACAGACCUGAAAGACCCCCAGCCGGGCUUCCAGGAGCAGCAGAAGGACCAGCAGUCAGAGGGAAGUGGACAUCAUGAAGACUCAGACCUCUGGCCUCCUUCUCCAGUCUGGGUACAGUCACCGCCCCGGGAAGAGGAUCUCUAAGAGCUGUGGGAAUCUCACCCAUGCCACAGUUGAGUUUCAAGCUCUUUGGGAUUUUAGUGAUGGGAAUGUGUGUCUCAAGGAGUUAAUCUUGAGUCUAAUUCAUUGCUAUUUUCUUUUUCUGCCCCUGAGAUGGCUAGAAAUAGCCCCACUUUGAGUCCUGCCUUUGGCCAACCCGUGUCUGUUGCCUCGGCCAGCCAUGGUUUCUUUGGUGGCUUCCUCGGAUGACUUGGCAGGAGUGGGAGCAGAGGUUCCUUGCCCAGGACCCACAAGAGUUAGAAAUUGAGAGGAGGCCGCCACUACCUCUGUCUGCAUCGCAGCCUUCCCUACCUGUCCCCAAGCCACCCGCCACGGCGCUCCCAGAUGCUGCUAGGAGCGAGCCCUGCUCUACCGUGGCCUUAGGAUGGAGCAGAAGUGUGCGGGCUCAGGACAGCAUGUGGUUCUCAGGGCCCGAAAGGUGGCUGAGGUGGUUUGGGGUGGGUCUAUGCCUCCAAGAAGUUUAGUGCAGGGGGCAGCAACCAGGCUUGGGGACAGUGCAGGGCCACUGCAUGCUUGGUGUGCAGGCCGGUGCCGUGAUACCUGCCACAUCAGUGGACUGGUGUGGGGCCCUACCCCUCAACUGCUUCUCCAGGCCAGAGCUCCCUGGGCUUGGCUGCAGGAGCAAGCUGAAGGAGCGGAGGCGAUGGAGCGUGGGUCUGUCUGAGGUGGGAUGGCCAGACACCAAUGCUGGAGGGCAGGGGGCCUAAGUGCAGUGGCGUCUCGGCUCCUUCCCACAGAACCUUAAAAAUAGGACCACGGCGAUGUCCAUCUCAGCAGACCACAGCUCUCCAGAGCUAAGAAUAUUCUCGGCCCUCUUAAUAAUUCAAGUCAGGUCCAAAUAGAUUUCCAUAUCCAUCUGCAGCCUCUGAGCCCCUUCCCAGCAUCCCCACCCCUGUCCAGCAGCUGGGAGAAGAGGCUCCCAGGAGGAGGUAAUCUAGCCUGGCCUCUGGUCACUCAGGACCCCAGUUGCCACAUUUUCUGUUCACGUGGCAACCGGGAAUGGUGGACACUGCCAGGCUGGAGUGGCUCACGGUGACCCGGUCAUAGGCCAACCCUGGGGAGAGAGGCUCAAGCUGCCGCCACCUACGUACCAGGCAGGUCAGGUUGGGGAACCUCGACCCUCCCUCAACACCCCCCCAGAACCAUUUGCUGUCUCUUGGCUAUCGGGAGCUCACCUGCUCCUGCUCCUUAGACCCCAGUGACUGCUACACAGUCCCCUGGGAGUAUUUCCCUUCCUCCUCAGAAGAGUCCUUGAAGGACUUUUCUGCGGCUGGGACCUAGUGAGUGCAUCUGGAGAGAGCUCCAAGGCCUCUGCUCUUGCAUGCUGAGUGUGCCCGGUCAAGUCCCUCGGCCUCCCGGUGCCUCCUUCCUCAGUGGCGAGAUGGUGGGUCUCAUGUCUCCAGAGUCAGCAGGCAUCAGCCUGGACCGCCUUCCCCUCCAGUGACAGCUGAAGGCACCCCUCUCCCACCUGUCAGCUGAAGAUCUGGUAUCAAAGGUGAGGAGGCCAGGGAGGGUCACAUGGUAAGGUGGAGGACCUCCCACCUGGCCCACCCCCCACCCCCACAGCAGCCCAGCCCAGUGAUCCUGCUGUACCACCCUGACCAGGCCCAGCAGGGAGUUUUACCUAAUUAUUAAUUAAAAGCAGAGGCACAGGAUAGAGGCUCUGCUGACAUGCAGAUGAAUGGCCCAAGGGGUUGUCAGCCGGGUGUCACAGAGUAGAACUCUCUUCCCCAUUCCCCACCCACCUGGCAGGCACCCGCUGUACCAGGUCCUGGACGGGCUUCUGGGAAACGGGAAGGUAAAGCGCAGGGGUCCAGAUUCCAGGCAUCAGGGACCCGCACCAGGCCCCAGUGGAGAGCUGUGGAUACAGCCUGGGCUUGGGUUGGGCUUUUUGUUUCAUGUUGGACAGGGUCUUGGCACAGGUGGGAUGACCUGGAGCCUCUGAUCUUACUGCCCCCCCCAGCAGUGGGGUCACAGGUCUGUGCCACCACCACACUAAUUCUGGGAUCAAACCCAAGGCUCUGCAUGCUAGACAAACACUGCCAACCGAGGUACAUCCUCCCCAGCUUGGGGUUUGUCUUUACACGUUUAAAUUCCAUCCAUGGUGUUCUUUCUAGCCAAAGCCGUAAGUCUGCACUGUUUGGGACAUUCUUGUAAGGCUUGCACGAGAAGCCGGUGCCUACCUUGCCUGGGUCCCUCCCAGAGGCAAACUUAUUUUUAGCAUAUUCUUUGGUUAUUUACUUCAUUCUUCAAGCAGUGUUUUUAAAUUAUGUGUGUGGGUGUGUGCAUGUAAGUACAGUGGUACUUCAGGGGCUAGAAGAGGACAUGGCAUCAGCGUCACAGGCUGUCGGGAGCCACGAGUGAGCCAGUUGUGAGCCAGACCUGAGUGCUGGGAACCGAACUGUGUGGCGAGCGCUCUUACCCUGGGUGUUUACAGCUACAGAGCAUGAAACGUUGCUCCCUUCUGCCCUCCAGAUUUAGAAAUUGCCCGCUGACUUCUU